AUGACAUUUGGCAGUUGGAUGUGGGCUGUGCGUCGAGUACUACUGCGCGGCGUACGAGUGGUGUUGCUCAAUAGUAACCUGGCAUGGAGGUUUUCUGUGAAAGAGCAGACUUACAACCCAGUCUGCAAAAACCAACCGCAUCAAGGGGACUCAUUAGAAAGAAGCUCUUACAGCUGUGAUGUCCCACACCAGUUAGCACGUGAGAUCAAGCGCUUUGUGCCUUCAGAGCUGACACCUCCGGUCUUGCUUGGAUACAUCAUUCUUUUCUGUCCUCCUGAACAAGUAAAACAUUAUGAGGAUGGCAGGAUGAUCGUUAAACAGUUUCAGGAUUUUAGCUUGAAGUACGUCGGGGCUAUUGGUGUGCGUGCUUUUGAAGUGAAUCUCCCUGUGAUCCCCACUUACCACACCUCCGUUUGCAUCACGGAACUGUCUUGGAGAGCAGCAACCGCACUCCUUUUAGAUGAAACUAAACCAGAAAAUGUGUUCCAGCUCCCAGUGGGUGUCCGGUCCAUGGGACCAGACUGCUGCUUAUCAGAGGUAAACCUCAGGCAAACAGAAUUUGGGGCGUUAUUAAAAAAGCAAUUGAGAAAGAAACAGAAGAUGUUCAUCAUCAUGUCACUGGGGAAUACCAUUGCGCUGCCACAUCUGCAGUACUGCACCCACUUCAAGAACAACACAGAACUAGAAAUAAUGCAGAGAAGGGCCAACAGGGUGUUGCACGGUAUGGAAUGGCUGUCAGUGAAAAGACACCUUAUGGCAACUUUCUGGCCGGCAGAAGAAGUGAUCGAGGAAGAUAGGAAUGGUAUGGAAAAGACAAAUGGGGUGGAGAGGAUUGUAGACAAAAGGAAGAACAAGAAGGGCAAAUGGGAAUAUCUCAUCAGGUGGAAAGGCUACGGAAGCAAUGAAGACACCUGGGAACCUGAACAUCAUCUACUACAUUGUGAGGAAUUUAUUGAUGAGUUCAAUGGACUACAUGUUACUAGAGAAAAGCGAUCGAGACAUGGGAAACAGGCCAGUGCUCCAAAAUUUUUACGGGAAAGCCGAGGGUCAUCUGUGGAGAAAAUAUCACAUAGACCUUCUGAAUCUGGGAAGUCUAAAGGGUCAGCACACAAAAGGAAGAGAAUUAAUUCAUCUCUUCAAAAACAGAAAAGAGGAUAUGCAGCAAAGCCAGCAUCUGCUAAUGACAGGGCUGCUAAAACUGUGACUUACCGAACUACUCCCAGCGGUUUACAGAUCAUGCCACUGAAAAAGCCGCAUAAUGGUCUGCAGAAUGGAGAUGGCAGUCAUGAAAAGGAUUCUAGACAUUUUGGGAAUGGCUCACAACAGCAAAAUACGGAUUUAAAUGAUCACGAAGGAGAACAAAAUUUGCCCAGCGUGUUGGAAGUUAGUAAUGAUUCACCUGUUGUGAAUGGAAUUGGUUCUUCUCUUGCCAAUGGAAGCUUGAAUCUACACAGCACUGUGAAAAGGAAACUAGAUGGGGAGAAAGAUUAUGUCUUCGAUAAGAGACUAAGAUACAGCGUGCGUCAAAAUGAAAGUAACUGCCGGUUCAGGGACAUUGUAGUCCGGAAAGAAGAUGGUUUCACACAUAUUUUGCUGUCGAGUCAGACUUCAGAUAACAAUGCACUGACCCCAGAGUACAUAUACUGGUCACUGGAAGGGCUGAGCAGCUCCUCCGUUCCCUGUGAUCCCAGGACAGUGGGCAGCAAUGCUCUGCUCUACCUUUCCCAUGUCAGAACAAAAAGGGUGUCAGUAAAUGCCUGCGUCCGGAUGCGUGUCCUGGAGAGCAGGGAACACGCUCGAGCCCUGCGCCACGUGGGCGGUAACGGCCUGGUGGAAGGGGGUUACCAUAGAUCGGAGAGGAGACAGCGGGAGCUGCCUCCCCGCGCCAGUUUGGGCUGUGUGAGCAUUCCGCAGGCAGAGUUCCUCCCCGAGCUGCCCGCAGCGUGGCACAUCUCUACCUUUGCUACCCUCCAGACACACCAGUACAGCUCGGAUUUAUACAGUAACUCAGGAUAA